UCCUCCCGAGCUCACGUGACCCAGAGAUCAGCCAGUGCAUCGACACCAGACUUGCGGAACCGGCUCUUAAACCAUAGCAGUCUCAUCGCUUUAUUCAUAGCACCUCUCACUCUCUCUCAGUCCAUCUGCAUCCAACGGUAGCGAGUGGUCGUGUUUUCAGAUUACCUCUCCUGCCUGCAUCACUAACCCAUUUCAAACGAUGAAGCCUCUGCUCGCCACGGUAGUGGCUCUCCUGUUGAUGGUGCACUUCAAAAUGCACGCUGCGGCGCCUCAACCACUAUCGCUUUUAAAUACGACGGAUGCUGAUGAAUUGAUUGAAAUGCCCUCCACGACCGACAUCAAUAAAGAUAAUGAAGAUAAAUCAAAAUCCACGACAUUGGAGGAUUCGAUUGAUCAUAUUUCAACUGAGGCUUCAUCCGGAAAUAUUUCUGAAAAACGCAGUGAUGAAGAUUUUAAGGAAGAAGUUCCUAGUACAUCUGAUGGAAGUAACAUUGCAGAGAGCAACUCUGGCUCUGAUGAGUCUUCAGAGAAAAUUGCUGAUGAAACGACAAUAUUUGAGGUUAAUACAAACGAAACUAAAUUUACGACUGAUGAUAAUGGAGAUGAUGUUAAGUCAACCCCAGUAGUUUCAGCAGCUGAAGCUAAAGAUGUUGGUAAUGAUCCCAAAUAUGCUACGGAAAAUAUUGAAGAUAUUGUAAAUAAAGAUGAAAUUCCUGAAGUUAUAGCUGUCUCAAGAUAUGUUCCUCCUCUUGAUCCUAUGAAGCACAUGCUCAUGAUGGCUGAAGUAAAAAAACAGCUAGAAUUCAGUUCAAGCACUGUUGAGGUACCAUCAACAAAUUCACCAACGACUACUGUAGAAAUUCUUACUUCCGAUAAGUCUGUUCCGGAGGAAGUCGGUAAACUUGCAGCUGAAUCUUCUGAAGUAGAGAAAUUAGCAGUUUCUACUACAGGUCCUACAACUUCUAGUCCAAAUAUUCCUACUAUAUUAAUUAAUCACGCUGAUGAAAUUUCUUCCGAAACAGAAAAUAUCAGCACAAGUGAGUCAUCACAAUCCUCUGAAGAGAAUAAAGUAACAGAAGCAUCUUCUACUACAGCUGUAACAGAUAAUACUCCAAUUGAUGUGUCUUCCAGUAAUACUCACGAUAUAAAUCACGAAAGCUCAGUUUUAUUACACAGCUCGGAAUUAUUUUCAGGAAAGAAUGAGUCAUCUGAGAAUUCUACGAAUUCGAAUGAAUCUUUCUAUAGUGAGUCCACUGAACAGUCUCAAACGAGUUCUCCUAUAGAAUCAACAACUAUUUUAUUGUCAUCUGUAACUUUUGCUACAGAUUCUCCUCAUUCGUCAACUGAUAUUAAGAGCGAAGAGUCAAUUGAGGAAGCCAGUUUAGUUAGAAGCGACGAUGAAACUGAUUCAGUAGAAAUUUCUGAAGCCGAAGAAAAUACGACGCAACAACCCAAACCUACCGAAAAAAUUGAUGUCUUGGAGGAAAAAGAAUCUAAUGUUUCUUUUAGUGAAGCACCGUCCACACCAGUAUUUUAUUCAGAAUCAGAUUUGUUAACAACUGUCAAGCCAGUUGUUGAAACAGAAAUAAUAAAUGAAAAAUUGUUAGCAUCUGAAGAUGAGGUGGAAAGGAAUGUUACUUUAGAAGAAUCAGAAAUAAAAGAGGAAUCUUUACCCUUCAGUACAUCUGAUGCUAUUGAAAGAGAAAACGUUACUUAUUCAUCAGUUGAAAUUGCUGAGAGCAGAAAUUCCGAUUCUUCAACUCCAAGCGCACCAGUUGACCAGGAAACGACCACUCAAAAUAUUUUAACAACGAUUAGGGACAUUGUAUUUGGUUUUUCAACAUCUGCUCCUGAAAAAGAUACUGAUAGCCCAAAAUCGGAAUCACCGGAUUUGAUUUCCACUAGCUCUGAAAAUGACAUUCCAUCCGAAUCAGUAAUGGAUUCAGAAAGUAUUGAUAAUGCUGAAAUAAGAUCAGAAUCUGAACUACCUGCUGAUAGUUUAACUUCCGAAAUUAUAAAAGUAGAAGCAGAAGUUACAAGUAUUGACAGCAUAUCAACAGAAAAUCCAAUUUCUGUGCCUUCUGCAAUUUCAGAUGGGGAAACGAAAGCAGACUUGAAAGAAGAUUUGCCAACAACUAUCUCUACCGAGGAGGUAUUAAAAUAUUCACCAGAUAAAGAACCAGAAUUUGUUAACAAUACUGAUGAUAGAGAUACUAUUUUAUUUGAAAAUCUGACUGAAACAACUGCUGCUCCAGAAAUUUUAAGUACUGUUGAAACUCCUUUAAAAUCUGAGUUGUUAGAAUCAUCUGAUCCUGUUAAUGUACCAGAAAUAUCCAGUGAAGAACCAGCAAAUAAUGAUUCCCUACCUGAGGAGAAACAAACUGUGAAGUUAGAUACAAAGAGCCGUUAUGUCAGUGGCAACAACUCGGACAUGGUCGCUGCAGUGCAGUUCCUGCAUUAUCAUGACAAAGCAAGUUCGGAACAAUGCUUCAAACUAGUCGAUGCACACUGGAAAUACGCUACAAACCUCACCGAUGAAAACAAGAAAAAGCAGUUGGAACAAACCCUCGAGUACUCUCUGUUCCACAAAGAGGCCUGGAAAAAUGCCACUUCUUUCGCUUGGAAGUCCUUUAAUGACACUUUGCUUAGGAGAUGGUUCAAGAGCUUGUCUGUAUUGGGCACGGCUGCCUUACCUGAGGAUAAGCUUAAUGAGUUUAACAGAUUGAAAGCAGAAAUGAAAAAUACGUACAGCACUGCCAAAGUGUGUCCCUAUAUUUCACCUGAAGCUAGUGCAAAUUCCGUACAAAAUCCAAAAGAUUGCAAGUUGUCUCUUGAACCUGAUAUACAACGAAUCUUAACCAAGUCUCGAGAUUACGACGAACUGGCUCAUGUAUGGAAAGCUUGGAGAGACGCUGCAGGAAAACCAAUUAGAGAAAAGUACCUCAGAUUUGUUAAUUUAAGCAAUGAAGCUGCUAGAUUAAAUGGUUUCCCUGAUACUGGCGACAUGUGGCGUGAAGCUUACGAAAGCGACACCUUCGAAGAAGACUUGGAAGCGCUGUGGGAACAACUGAGACCUCUCUAUGAACAUCUGCAUGCCUACGUCAGAAGGAGGCUUAUACAAGUUUAUGGAAAUGAUAAAAUAAAAGAUGAUGGGCCCAUUCCAGCACAUCUAUUCGGUAACAUGUGGGCCCAAUCGUGGGUGUCUCUGUUGGACAUCACACAGCCAUUCCUGGGAAAACCAUCUGUCGACGUCACACCCAUCAUGGAAGCAAAGAAUUUAUCAGCACUAGAAAUGUUCAAGAUUUCUGAAGAGUUCUUCACAUCGUUAGGAUUAAAGCCGAUGCCAGAAGAAUUUUGGAGGCAUUCACUCAUUGAAAAACCCAAAGAUAGAGAAAUUAUCUGUCAUGCCUCAGCUUGGGACUUCUGUAAUGGAAAAGACUACAGGAUCAAACAAUGCACUGACAUUACAAUGGAGGAUUUAAUAACUGUUCAUCACGAAAUGGGACAUAUACAAUAUUUCCUGCAGUAUGCCAGACAACCAAAUGUCUUCCGAGAGGGAGCGAAUCCAGGAUUCCAUGAGGCUAUUGGUGAUGUUCUAGCUCUAUCAGUUUCUACUCCAAAGCAUUUGAAAUCCAUAGGACUAUUAGAUGAAGUAGCCGACGAUCCAGAGGGAGACCUGAACUUUUUAUUGCGAACUGCUUUGGAUAAAGUGUCCUUUUUGCCAUCCGGAUAUCUGAUCGAUCUCUGGAGGUGGGGACUCUUCAGAGGAGAAAUCAAACCCGAAAAUAUGAAUUCAAAAUGGUGGGAGCUCAGGCUGAAGUACCAGGGAAUCUGUCCACCAGUAAAGAGGUACGACACUGAUUUUGAUCCCGGCGCAAAGUAUCACGUACCCGGUAAUGUUCCUUACAUUAGAUAUUUCGUGAGCUUUGUUAUUCAGUUCCAGUUCCACAAAGUCCUUUGUGAUGCUGCAGGUCACACUGGUCCACUUUAUAAAUGUGAUAUUUAUAGGUCUAGAGAAGCAGGCCAGAUACUUAGUCAAGUGAUGGAACUCGGCAGCUCAGAGCAUUGGUCAGAAGCAAUGAAAAUUAUGACAGGUGGCGCCACCAACAAAAUGGAUGCUGGUCCUAUACUGGAAUACUUCCAACCUCUUCUCGAGUUCUUAGAAGAACAAAACAGAAAUGAAACCUUAGGAUGGAGAUCGGACGACUCAACAAUUUGCCCCUAGAUAUACAAGUGAUUUCUGUUUUGAACUAAACAAUUUAGUUGUUGUCUUGUAUUGCAAUUCCCCAUUCAUUAGUUUCUAGAGAUCAUUUUCAUGUUGGUGGGUGAUUAGUUUUGCCAGUGAAUUCAACUGGACUCUCGGAGUUGUGUGCACUACUAUGUGAUUGUAAAAUACAAUUUGUUUUAUGUUUAUGGAGUGUAGGAUUUCUGUAAAGGGCUGAGUUAGUAUCAGUUCUUUAUAUUUUUAGGUCGUAAAAAUUAGCUAUUCUCUUCAGUGAAGAGAUAUUCUUUAUGAAAUGAGUGCCUUUUUUGUGUUUUAUAAUGUUAUGUGUUGCUGUCUUUGAAAGUAAACGAGUUGAAAUACUAUGGGCGAAAUAUAAUAGUAAUACAUUCGGAUAACGAAUAUAAAUGUCCUUUAUAUAUUUAAUUGUCUAAUGCCUUUCAUUGCUUUAUUUUCCAGGGCUAGAUCCAUUUUUAAUGAAUUCAAAUUGCGAAUACAAAAAUUUCAUAUUCGGUUUAGUGAUUUCGCAAUAAGGUAUUUGCCCUAAAAUUUAAAAACUUUUAUCAACAUUUUUUUUAUGCAUAUUGAAACUUAAAACAUUUGCCAUGAUAUAUGAAAUCUAUAAUUUUUGCUGAAAUAUGCUUAAAGUUCUUCAUUUAACUUGCUUAUGCUUCUUAAACAAGAUAAAUUUUUUGAAUCAUUCUUCCUGGAGCUAUCAUAACUAUAUUUAGUGUAAAAAUAUUAUGAAAUCAAUCGUUUCAAAUUUUUAUUGUCGAUAUGUUAUUUAUUCAUUAUUUAUCAUCAAAAAACAUUUUUUGUAAUUAUUUAGAACACACGUUUUCAAAUAAUUUACUUCUUUUAAAUAAAAUGUUUUUUUAAUGAUCCACUUUAAACAAGCCUUAAAAUAUUUACGUUGAUUCCACUUAAAAUUCAAGACUAAUUUAGAAUAUCAGAGAAUGCUCCAAAUAUGUUAUGAAAAGUAUUCAUUCUGUCAGUUUCUUAAUACCUAUUUUUUGGAAUCCUAGAGCAUAUUCUAGAAGCAUAAAAACUUUGAAAAAUAAAAUUAUUCUAAAGACUAGAGUUUACUUUUUCUUUCCUAAGAUCAUUCGAAUUUGAGUCUUUAGACUGAUGGAACGCCUGAAUUUUUUUUAAAGAUAAAAAUAUUUUCUUACCCUUAAAAAACACGUUAGCUUUCUAUAUGCUUAAAAGGCUGAUAUAGAAAGAGGGCCCUCACGUAGCCAAUGGCUACUAAGCAAAUGCAUCUUGGGGAUUCAUUUGAGAAAACCUCCUUGUUCACCAAACCCAUAUGGGUGAGCGUAUCUAAUAUACAAAUCAUGCACCUCGAGUAUUCAAUCAAUCACCUUUAAAGAAAGGAGGAGAUAUUUCGCAGUGAUUUUCAGGCGUUUCAGGCGCCCACCGUGGUUUCGUUGAACGGGUGUUUGAGUUUUUUUCAUUAUUUAUAGAGUUAAUAUUGAUUGUCAAUAAACAAAUUUUCAUUACACAUUUUUUGUAUUGUUUUGUUUAUUACAAUGUAUUUUCCAAUCGUAUGUUAUCUAAAAAAUUUUUUAUAAAUUAUAUUAAAUACUACAAAAUACUACAUGAAAAUGUUUAUUGUAUAUUAUAUCGAAAAUUUUUCAAUUUUGCAUCAUUUCAUGUUAUUUCAAAUCGUUUCGAUCAGUUUUGAAUUUUUUGUUAAUUUGAACAUUUAUAAAAGAAACAUGUCCCAUUUUCAUUAUUUUUCCUAUAGGUAUUUCAAUAUGCCGACUAUUUGUUCGAAUAUUUCAUUGUGCAUUUGUGGCAUGUGGAACGUUUUAGGGUUUUAUUAUUUAUUUUUUAAUUCUUUGUUUGUGUCAAAUGCUGAUAUUAUUGUUCAUGUUUUCCUUUGAAGCCCAAUAAAAUUUUUAAAAAAUUAUAA